AUGACUUCCUCAAACAGACACUGGCCAAGCAUGUUUAAGUCCAAACCUCAUCACCAUCAAUGGCAACAGGAAAUCAACUCUCCUCUCCUGCCUUCUUCUGCUUCCCAUCGAUCUCCCUUCACAGGGUGUGAGGUGGAGGGGAUGCCAGAGCCAAAACUAAGGUGGAAUCCGAAGCCAGAGCAGAUUCGGAUACUUGAAGCAGUCUUCAACUCAGGGAUGGUGAAUCCACCGAGAGAGGAGAUUCCAAGGAUUAGGGCUCAACUUCAAGAAUACGGCCAGGUUAGUGACGCUAGCGUCUUCUAUUGGUUCCAAAACCGCAAGUCUCGUAGCAAACACAAACUCCGCCUCCUCCAUAAAAACUCUCUCCCUCAACCCCAACAGCAGCCGCAGCCUCAACCUCAGCCUCUUCCCUCUUCAUCUUCUUCCUCAUCAUCUUCCUCCAAGGCUACCAAGCUCCACAAAACCAAUGACAAGGAGAACACUAGUCUCCCUUUGAGUGGUAGUCAAAUGAUGGGGAUGUUUCCAUCGGAGCCUGCGUUUCUUUUCCCGGAUUCCACCCUCGGAGCGUUUGAAGGUAUCACCGCCUCAUCCCAAUUAGGGUUUCUCUCCGAUUAUAUGAUUGAGCAACAGAAACCGGCUCAUCCAACGGUGGACUCAUGUACUGGAUAUCUCUUGAGCGAGAUCAUAAAUGGUAAUGCUAGUUAUGGAACUCAUCAUCAACAACACUUGAGUGAGAAAGAAGAUGAAGAAAUGAUGAUGAAUAUGUUGCAGCAGCCACAACCUUACGCUACUACAAGUCAUCAAAUCACUUCUUACAACAACAACAACGUCAUGUUUCAUGUUCCUCCAACUACUUCAACCUCUGCUGUUAUUACAACUUCACAUCCUCUUGAUAUUGUACCAUCAACUUCGGACCAGCAGCUUCAAGUUCAAGCCGGGGAGAAUAUAAGGGUGUUUAUCAACGAAAUGGAGUUUGAAGUGAGCCAAGGACCGUUCAAUGUGAGAGAUGCAUUCGGAGAAGAGGUUGUUCUCAUCAAUUCUGCUGGUCAGCCCAUUGUCACUGAUGAAUAUGGCGUCGCACUUCAGCCUCUUCAAUAUGGAGACUCCUACUAUCUGAUCUAG